UUUCCAAAAACAACUUGAUUUAAUUUAAACCAUAAAAAUAAGUAAGUAGUGGUCUUUAGUCGCCUAUGCUAUGGGAUUAUUCGACAGAUUAUCGAACUGGCUAGGGUUAAAAAAGAAGGAGAUCAAUGUCCUUUGUAUAGGACUGGACAAUAGUGGCAAAACUACCAUUAUAAACAAACUAAAACCCGAGAAGGUUAGUUUGCCAUGCGUCGGCCUGUUUGUGUUUGUCGAUGAUGAGAUUGAUCUUUUUAAUAUUUACUCUUGUUCUAACACUGGAUGUUUUUCUACAAAUUUUCCAUUUUUUAGACUCAAGCGCAAGAUAUUGUACCCACGGUAGGCUUUACUGUGGAAAAAUUCAUAUCACAAAGGUAAAUGUUAAAUAAAAUAAGCUACACCUACCAAAAUAAGCUUUUGGGUAUGUAAUUUUUAAUUUAAAAAAUACGAUUAAGUUGGUGGUUUCACGCGGAGUUUUGUUAACCUUUAACUCUUGAAGCUUUUAGUAACUUAAAGAUUAAUAUUUGGUUUAUUCAACAGUCUUAACAGAGGUGAACUAUUUUGAGAUUUAAGCUUUAUAUAAGUUCUUCUCUCGUCCUUGUUAAUUGUUAGACGUAGCUUAGCUUAUGUGGGGGAUUUUACCCGCCACAAAUUCCCACCAUUUGUACAGAAAAUGGUAAAGCAAGAAAAUUCCACUUACACUAUAUACGGAAGUGUUUCGUUAGAAGGUGUAAAAAUUAUUCAUCCUUUCAACUGUGGCAGGAUUAGUUCAGUCAGUAGAUCUAGAGCGCUUGACUGCAAAGCUGGAGAUUGCAGGUUCGCUUCCCAGGGCCGGACCAUUACUCAGGGUCUUAAAGUACUGUAAAAUUCCUCAAAAUAAGCCCCUCCAAAUAUAAGCCCCCCAAAAUUGUAACACAAAAAACCCUCCGUUAAAUCGCCUCUCCAAAUAUAAGCCUCCCCUGGGGGCUUGUACUUGGAAUUUGCCCUUGAAUACAAAGUUAUGUAAAACAAAGCAAAAAUGGUAAAUUUCCUUACCACUACAAGCUAGCCCAAUCGAUUUUGAAACUCAAAUUUCCCUCUGUAGAUAAGCCCCUCCGAAUAUAAGCCCUUCCAAAAAUAAGCCCCUCAAAAAGGGCCUUUGAAAAAUAUAAGCCCCGGGGCUUAUUUUCAGAAUUUUACGGUAACUGACAAAUGAAGUUACUCCCUUUGCAGUGCAAGCUGCGAGACCUUUGCGUGGCUUGGAUGACCAUGUAAAAUGGUGGUCCCGUCUCCAUUAGGAGACAAAAAAAUAGCGUCCCCAAUUAGCGCUUUUGUGCUUAAUACAUUAACACUCAAAUAAAGUGCAUUUUACAUUUUUUUUUUCUCCGUUGUCCUUGCCUGACAUACUAUUAAUUUUAGUUUGCAAAUUAAUUUUACUAGUCUCAACUUUACUGUGUUUGAUAUGUCUGGCUCAGGAAGAUACAGAAAUCUGUGGGAACAUUAUUACAAGUAAGUUUGCUUUAAGCAGGGUAUUUUGAAGGUGAUUUAGACCCAGUUCAAUUACUGUGUAAUUCAUAGACUGAUGGCAUCAACCUAAUUGAUGACAUUAGCUGUGGUCACACUACAGACUUUUACCUAGGUAAAAGCAAUUUACCUGGGGUAAAUUCAUGAAAAAUCUCCCGAGGUAAAUUCAUCUCGGGUUUUGUUUUACCUACAGUAGGUGAAAAUCCUGGGAAGGUCACACUACUCAUAUUGGCUCCCAAGGUUUUCACGCCAGUUGAAUUUUUUGGAGCGUAAAGAUACACAGGGAUCUAGCUGAUCAAAGAGAAGUUUUUUUCUUUUAUGUCGCUGUAAUUUCUUACCCUAUUCAACGUGCAAGAUGAAGAAAGCCAAAGACGUAGACGACUCAAGCCCCAAAAAUUUCUUUCACAGUGUGAGCUAUGUGCGGUUCUGUCAUCAAGACCUUCGCCGAUGAGCGUCGAUUGGGUAGCAACCUCGGUAUUUCAUUUUUCCCUAGCUAUCGCUUUGGGGUAGCUGUCAAGGGAAACUCUUUUGUUCUCGAGACAUAUCCAAGACCAAGACGAUAAAAUUUCCCCAAGGUAAGUCACCUAGGGAAAAAUUCGUAACACUUUCAAAAUCAAGUUUCCCUAGGUAGACUGUCAACAACUCAAAUUUACCGAGGUAAAAAGUCUGUAGUGUGACCACAGCUAUUAUGUAGGGACAACAGUCCUAGCAUGGGGCCAUUUUAAGCAGUUUGGUUUGUAGCCUGAGAAAACCGCUGACAUUUCAUGAUGCCACCAAUAGUUUCCCCGUGAAAUGAUGUCUGAGGAGCGAGUGCAGAAAUUUCAUACUGAUGAUGUGUCACUACCCUGAUCAGGGUAGUGCUACUGCACAGGUCGCCAUAUUGGUGACUCUGAUUGCUAAGAUAGUUACCCUGUGGUUCAUUUGUGUUGAUAUCAUGCCAUGCAGUAGCAAUCGCAAUUCAAGGUGUGGUACCUGAUAAUAUAGAUGUGUUUAAGCUAAUUCCCAUCUUAUUUCAGUGCUAACUAUAGGGAAAGUUUGCGUUUUAUGUACAUGUGUAAGAACAUGUCUGAAACUGUUUGUAAGAUGGGCUUUUUUGCUUUCAUAAAUGGCCCUAAUGCAUUGGCUGUCACAUGGUCUCAUGUUACAUCAGACUAAUGAUUAUUUUAAAAGUUGCAGGUGACACCAUAAAACCAAAAAUUAAUUAAAUAGCUAAUGAAAAUUUUGAAGUCAAAAGUCAAGUCAAAGCUCUCGUAAGUGGCCGCUUCAGAAAUUCAAAAAAGUGGUCAUAACUAGUCAAGAGCUAUCAUAAGUGACCACAUUGUAAAACAAUAGAGGGUGGUCGCUUGCAAGAGCUUCAGAAAGGCAUUAAUGAUUCUGUGACUGGUCAUUGCCAAGUAGGCUAAGUGGUCGCUAUGGAAAUGACCUUGAACUUUUACAAACCGUUAAGUACUAGAGCUGGUUGCUUACGAGAGUGGUCACAAGGAGAGCUUCGACUGUAGUUUUUUUUUUACUAUUUAGAUGUACAGUUACUAAUAAUGGUUCUUAUUUUCUCUGUCGUGCCUUUUAGAACUGCUCAAGCAGUCAUAUUUGUGCUAGACAGUAGUGACAAAUUAAGAAUGGUUGUAGCCAAAGAAGAGUUAGACAUGUUACUUCAACAUCCUGGUUAGUCAUGAAUGUCAGUGUCAGUAAAAUGUAGUUAAUAAUGGUAAUAGGACUGAGUGGAGUCCAAUUCGGUCUGUAAUCAUAUGAGUGAUUAACAACAUCGGAUGACCAUGUAGCAGGAGUCCGAUUUGUUUAGUCAUGAGUAUGAUUAAUAAUGGUAAUAGGACUGAGUGGAGUCCACUUCAGUGUGUAAUCAUACAAGAGAUAGACGAAAUGGGAUGACCGCAUACCAGCAUAAGUGUGAUUUGUUUAAUCAUGAGUACAGUGUAUGAUUGAAGACUGAUUUGGAUGACACAAAGUUCUGUUACCAAUUAAUCAUGACUAUAACAAAAUUUGUGAUAUGUCAGGCUGUUCAAAAUCAAAACAUAGGACAUUUUUUUAGCAGUUAAAAAAAAGCCAUUUAAGUGCACUUGUGUGAUGGCACGUAUUGUCCAAUUACGUAGGUAUGACGCGCACUGUCCUUUUACACUGUCCUAUUAGUGCUGAAAUCAGGACAGCUCAUAGCCAAUCAGAUUUGAGAAUUUUGUUAAAUUUAUGAUUAAACCUAAGUUGCAAGUGUUUAUUGCGAUUAAAAGAACUAUGAACACUUUGGUUUGAUUUGUCUCCACAUUCUGAUAAAUGACAGCAUUUUUGAAAAGUGAUUAUUGCUUUAUUGUUUCUUUUAUUAUUACUAACCCUGACAAAUUCAUUCUUCUUCAGAAAUUACUCAAAGGAGAGUGCCUAUUUUAGUUUUUGCAAAUAAAAUGGACUUGAAAGAUUCUCUCUCCCCUGUCCAGGUAGAACAGUUUUAUUUAUUUACUAUCUUAAAGGACAGUAAUAUUUAUAAUAAUAUAAUAUACUAGUAAAACAUAAAAAAAAUGGCCACAUUAUGUUUUUUACAAACCAAUAUGUACUAUUAAAUCAAUUGCCAAAAAAGAUACCGUAUGCUGGCUUUGAAACUAAUUGUUUGGUUUAUUUUCAGUGUUCAAACAAGAUGGGUUUACAUGAUUUAACAAACAAACCAUGGCAUAUAUGGUAAUUAAGAUGUCUAAUGUAAGAUGGCUUCCAAUGGCCACUCAAUUUAGUUUUAAAUUUAAUUCAUAAUUUGGCAGUAUUCCAAAGACCUAAAGCAUUUAAGAGCCAACACACUUCAGAAUGUGAUGCACUCACUGGUCUUAACCCUUUAAGCCCCAAUAGAGUGAUUUUCGUAUGACCUUAAAAAAUGGUUUCGGUAAGUGUUCGUUAUUUAUUUUAUCAGCCAAUGGAUGAAAUGUCAAAACAUGGCCUCUUGGUUUUCCCGCCAAAGAAAACCCUAAUAUGGACAAGGCAUUGUUCGAUUGGCCAAUCGUGUUGCAGUAUGACGUCAAAGCGAAGUAUCAGUUGAUUUCUAGAAAGUUCUCUGGCAUGAAGUUUUUUCACCCAAUUGUUCGCUUAACCAACGAAAAGCCACACGCGUUUGUGUCUGUUUGAUAAAUCAAUCCUAUCGCUCAAUUUCCGUUCGUUUGUUGUUUCUGUUUUGUUUGCACAUUUUCAUUUCAAGGUCAUACGAAAAUCGCUCUAUCCUUAUACAAAUUCUCCAAACUGGUCUCUAUACUUUUCCAUAUAAAAUACAUUGAGAGAGUAUGACAAAAGAUGAAAGCAUUUUUCUUUGGUGAUCAUUUUAUCAAUUCUCACAACCUUUUCUCUUAAUUGUGCAUUGACAUUGUUGGGAGAAAAUUGCUGUUUGUCACUCUCAGGACUUAAAGGGUUAAUAGAUACUAGGGAAGUAACUUAAAGACAACAGCCCAAGAAGAAGCUUUAAUCAAAACAAAAAAACUUGAAAUUGUGGUCAACAUUCAGCGUGCAAUGUAGUGUCCAGUAGCCUGGGGUUAGUGGAUUUUGCUAUCGGGCUAGUGAAUCCUGUUUUUAACUUGUCCGACAGGCAAGUGAUGUUUUUUGAGGAAUAAUUGAAUAACAGAGGAACUGUGAAAUCAAUUCUGCACGUCAAAAAGUUUUUGGGGUUAGUUGAAGUGACAUCUGGGCUAGCAAAUGCUAGCUUCAGCUUGCCUUUUCUUCAGCUUGCCUAAAAGGCAACCUGUAAAAAUGAUUUUCUUUGCACCCUGACAUUAUACCAAGGUAUUUCAUCAUCAAUCUUUCCUUCACAUGAGGUUGUGUGACAAUUUUGUCAUUCAUCACUUGAGGCAAGCAUCAUCACAGAUAGCUUUGAUCAGUUCAUGGCAAUCUGUUACCUUUCGUUUCCAUAAUCAUGCAAAAGUUCCUGUUCAAGUUAGAAACUUUGGAAGUCAUUCUCUCAUAAUGUACUGUCUCUUUCGUACUUGUAGUGCCAGUAAUGGUCUCACAGGGGAAGGACUGAAUGAUGGGGUUGACUGGCUUACAGGUGGGUGUAACUAUCACAUGUGAUGUAGAAAAUUCAGUAAACAGCUCUGGAAUACAACCAUGUAAUAAACCUACAUGUACAAUGUUGACUCCAGUCUACAAAAGAUUGGUUAACAGUAUUAUCAAGAACAUUGGAGAUACCAUUAGCAAGGUUAUCAUUUUUACUGAUUAAAUUUGAAAGUUUGUGUAAAUUUGAGCCUUUUAUAGUUUCUUGAUCCUUCUGAUAACUGUCAUAUGUGAAAACAAAACUGACUUUUCUUCUCCAGUCAAACACUUUACCUUGUUGAACCUCCCGGCAGUUCAAGUCAAUUUUCCCCAGGAGUUUAGACUGACAAAUCAGCAUUCUACUUUAUUUUUUUGAUAAUUACUGAUAGAAACUUCAUUCCAAAAAUUAAAAUCUUGGAAUUAACAGGGUUAAUUUUUAUGAGCAAAUUUAAGACCUUCACGUAGACCUUCAAAGACACGCCUUUUUUUUGCCACUCACUUGGAGAAACUUAAGAUCAUACAAGUCAUAGAGACACUACUGCCAAUAAUAUACUGUAUAUCUGUAAGAGAAGUAGUGUGCAUAAAAUUGCUUGUCUGAUGAUGUCGCCUUUAAGCCACAACUGAUGAACGAUUCAUUGUGGUGCAGCAUAAAAUUGAUUAAUUUUUUUUCCUAUUGCAGAUCAGAUUCGUUCAUCAUAAAACGCAUGUGUGCUUAAUGUACCUUAAAUCUUAAAUACUUUUCAACUUGUACAGCAUGGGCAUAUUGGUGUGGCUUGGAAGGCAAGAAAAUGGUCCCUCAGAGUCACCUUAUGAAGUCAAAAUUCAAAACAUCAUAUUUUGUAUACACUUAGAUUGUUCACAGUCCCCUGUUUUUUCGUAAGAUCGUCAGAAUCGAGCGUUUACCAGUACGGAAGGCCAUCUUGGUUUUAUAAUUAGGAACCCAGGAGGCGGACGUCGGGGUUUAAAGCGGUAGGAGGAGGAAGACAAGAAAAUAUUUUUCUCACUUUCUCCUAAACCGCCCUCCUAAGUAGUUUUGACACUCAUGCAAGAUGACUUCCCGUAACACAAAGCGCUCAAUCUCGACGGUCUUACGGAAAAAUGGGGAGAUAGUCUAGUAAAUACUAAAAAACCAGUAGCACGGCCACCAUGUGAAAGUGCUGUUUAAUGGUCUCAUUGGAACUACUUACUAAACAAGACGCUAUCGGAGCGUACACUUGGGCGUCGUUGUAUCACGCGUAUGCAGGGGCAGAUCCAGGAUUUUUUCUUAGGAGGGGGUGCACCACUAAGGGAUGGCGUAACUGACUGGUGACGUAACCAUAUUUUAAAGCGAAUACGAAGAAGAAGGCUUUUGACAAGGCAAUAACACAAUGUGAACUGCUGAGAAAACAUAUCAACUGUGAAGCGACUGCACAGUGAUAAUUAGAAAGCCGCAGGUCAUCUUGGGGGGAGGUGGUGUGUGCACACCCCUGCACCCUCUCCUUAGAUCCGCCCUUGAUACGUGAGGAUUUUUUGUGUCAGCCAUGUGUGAGUGCUGCAAUAUUGUUAAUUGCUAAGAGUUGUCUGAAAUGUAGACGUGGAGCCAUAGUGGACGUUGCUUGGUAUGUAAAUAGUUCGAAUUUUCCUCGGAAUUCCUAACUUAAUGCAUCUGUCAAAUCCAACUGCGCCCAUUCCCCUCCCCCGGGCUACUGCGGGGAAUUUGCCUGCCUUUUCAGUCCGAGGGGUGGGGCAUGGGCAGAUUUUGCGUGCCCCGGGGUCGGGAAUUUUGCCUACCUCGGGGCCAUCCCCGAGCUUUUGACACGCACGUGGUUUCCUAUCCUAAAAUAACUAACUUGGAGGACUUUACUGGAAACAUAAGAAGAUUGGCUUAUCUAUCAAGCACGGGAAAAAUUCACCGAGGAUUUUGGAGGCAUGUUUUGUCAAUUUUAUGAAUGCAUUUCUUCUUUACUUAUCACGACAGAACUUACACUGCGAAAUCGAUAGCUAUCGAUGUACGUGAAUCGAUGUUUUUUAUUGAAUCAAAUUUCUUUUGAUCUAGCGGAUUUGAAUAAAAUUUAGGGUAACGAUUUUAAUACUUCUAUGAUCAUGUAUGAUCAGUCUAUUAUUUGAAGAACUUUCUUUCAUAUUAUUAAACUACUCGUAACAGAUAGCUUUAUACACUAUUAUUGAUUUCAAUUUUAUUGCCCCUUUUAGAUUAUUGCCUACGAACUAUUCAGUUAGAACAAGAUGAAUAAUGAUAAAACUAGGAGUAAUCGGAGCUUAGGAGAGUGCGUUCGAUAUGUUUUUUAGGCCUACAG